AUUACCAAGGUUAAAAAUGAAGAUUUUAAAAAAAAUUCCUAAAAUCUUCUAUAAAAUUAGAAAGCUUUUAGCGAAUAACCAAUAUGAAGACAUAAAUAAGCUAUUUUCUUAAGAUAAAUAUGCAAAUUUAUUUCAAAAUGUUUAUUAGCUUGAUGGUAAAUAAGUAUAAUUGCUAGUUGAUGAAAUUAUGAUCAAUAUUUUAGAUAGCUCUAAUCAACAAUUAAAACUUAUUUUUAAAGGAAAAAGCUCUGAUGAUGACUCGACUAUUUUAAAUUAAUUUUAAAAAAUUUUAAGAGACUAGCUCAUAUAAAUAUAUUUUAUAUCAGUUUUUUUCUAUUAAUUCGAUGAAUUAAUUUUCAAAGGUUUACAUUAGGUAAGCUUAUAGCAAUAUUGUCUUUAAAAAGUUCUUGAUAGCUCAAAUGGGAAAUUUUCAAUGAAGAUAGUUGAUUAAAUUGUCAAAGAUCUCAAUAAGAGAAAAUAGUUAGAGGAAUAAAAUGAGAGAUUUAGCUAAGAUUUAUUAUAAAUUAUCAAUUUUUUUUCAUGUAGAACAUUUUUGAAUUAGCUUUAUUUGGAUAGGCAAUCAUAUGAUUUUUAGAUAAGCGUUUUAUUCAAUUGUGACUUCACUGAAGAAGAGGCAGAAAAGCUAAUUAGGUAUUAAGAAAAAAAGAGGAUAGAGGAAGAAAAAUUCAAGUAAUUGAUGGAGGACGAUUCUAGUAGCGAUGAAAAUAAAUAAGUGUCUAGUAGCUAAAAAUCAUUAGAUUAAUAGGAAAUAGAAUAAGAGUAAGAAGAAGGCGAUUAAAGCCUAGAAAUAGAAUUAGAAAAUAAAAAAAGCAAGAAGAAAAAAAGAGUGAUUGAAUCUAAAAGUAAAAAGGAAAAAAAGAAAAAAGAGAAAGUUGAAUUUGAAUCUAUUUUCAGCUUAAUUGAGGAAAAAUAUAUUUAGAAAUUGAAAUCAGAUUCUGAAGAAUUUAUCGAUCGUAUCAAAGAUGAAAAAUUGGAAGAUUAAAUAACCUAGAUAGAGGAGUAUAUUUUUAGAGAGUAAUAGUUUAUUUCGUAUUACAUGAACCGUAUUUCUAUCAAAGUGUCUGAUUUAUUACAAAAAAUGUGUAUCUAUCAGAAUUAUCCAAAACUAAUUAAUCAUUAAAAGUAUGGCUUGACUUAUUGUUUUAAUAAUUAAAAUUAUAAAGAAUUGAAGUUGAUUUACAAUUUCGUUUAAAAUGAUAACGAAUCGAUCAAGACUUUGUCCCAAAAAUUUAAUUCGAUUGUAGAAAGCGUAAUUUAAAAAGUAGAAAAAGAACAAGAAAUCAUGUUUGAAGAUUAUAAGAAAGAGCAAUAAAAUUAGGCAGAAAACUAUAUGCAAAAUUCAGAAUCAAAGGAUGAAAAUUUGGAAAAAGAUAUUCAAUAUAUUUAGAAUUGCUAAUAAAAAUGGAUUAAAUAGAUUUAUGAAAUUUAUUUAAUUUAUUAUUAAAAUGGGUUAGUUUAAGCAUUUGAUAACAAUCCUACUUUGAAUACUGCUUUAAGUAGAGCUUUUGAGUCAUAAUUUAAUUCAAGCGAGCUAGCAGUUGAUUAUUUAGUAAACUCUUGCCAUUAAUAUCUGUUGAAUGAAAAAUUCAGAUAAACUAGUCUUGAACUUAAAGAAGAUGAGUUUGAAAAUUUUAUCAGCAAAAUAUUUUCUUAUAUUUUCUAAAAAGAUUAAUUCUUAGAAAUUUAUAGAAAGCUGCUUUCUCGUAGAUUAAUAUAUAAAUAAAGUUAAGGAGAAAAAUAAGAACUAAAGUAUUUGGAAUAUUUUGAAAAGUCAAUAGGACUGAUUACUCAAAUCGAUCACAUGAAAUAAAUGAUCUAAGAUUUAAAUAAAAGUGAUCUGAUUAAAUUUGACUACUAUGAGUAGAUGAAGAAAAUUAAUAAGGAUAACUAAGAUUAAAAAAGCAAAAAUUCUCUUUCUUCAAGGUCAAGAUCUAGAUCCAGAUCAAGAUCAAAAUCAAUUGAGUCUCGUAGUGAAAAAUCAAAUAAAAGGAGAAAUAACGGAAUUUAAAUAGAUAUUAGUGAUGAUAAUAGUGAAGAAGAAAUAGAAAUUAUUAGUUAAAAUAGUAGAAAUAACAAUAAUUAAAUUCGAAGAAACAAUAAUCAUUAGAUAGACUAAAUUGUAAUAGAUGAUAAUGCUGAAAUCGAACAAAGCAGAUAAGAUAACCUAAGUUAAAGUGAAGAAUUAAUAAUGAUAGAUAACUCUUAAAGAAAUCAAGAAGUCGGAUAAAUGAGAUCAAAUAGUAGAACUGAAAGAUCAGAUUCUAACUAACUUAUACAAAUUGAAGAUAGCGACUAAAAUAACAGUGAUGAAGAUUUAAUAAUUAGUGAAACCAAACCUACUAAGUAAAAGGGGAAAAGGUACUUAUUAAAAAAGAAUUAGAUUAUAAUUGAUGAAAAAGAAGAAAAUGAAGAAGAAGGAGGAAAGCAUAAUAAUAAUUCUUAAGAAAUUAAAAAUUCACUAAUAGAUGUCAUGAUCUUAACUAAUAUGAAAUGGCCACUGAAGCUUUCAAAAACAAAUGCAAACUCUUAGAUAAUUCUUCCUAAAGCUUUAUAAAGAUACUACUAAGAAUACAGUGAAAGUUUUAGAAAAGUAUUCAAAAAUUAACGUAAAUUAGAUUUGCUGCAUCAUGUCAGCUAUUCUACAUUAUAAUUUAAGAGUGAUUCGAAAUUAUAAUUUGGAGGAACUUACUUGCUUUAAGUUUCGUCUUACUCCAUGAUCAUCCUACUUUGCUUUAACAAAAAUAAUUCUAUAAGUGUUUAGGAAUUAAAGGAAAAGACAGGGAUAAAUAAAAAAAUAAUAAAAGAAAAGCUUAACAUUUUAUCCAAAUUUAACAUUUUAAAACUAAAAAUAACAGAAGACAAUAAAGAUUAACAAAGUGAAAAAAAUAAAAAAAAUUAUGAAGUUAAUACAGAUUUUUAUGCUAAAACCUAAGAUUUAGAAAUUGAUUCUAUCCCAUAAGAAUAAUUUUAUUCUUAGUAAAUUUUACAAAAUCUAAGAGCAGAUGCUUAAACCUAAAAGAGCUAAAAAGAAAUAAAUUCAAAUAUAAUAAAUCAUAGGAAAGUAAUUAUCAAUUCAUACAUUGUAUAGAUUAUGAAAGACAAAGAAACUCUUCAUAAAGAUGAGUUGAUAAAAUUAGUAUAGUAAAAGCUUAAAGAUAAUAAAUAAAUAUUUAUCAUAACGGAUAGCUUUGUAAAAGAUUAAAUUUAAUCUUGUAUUGACCAAGAUUAUUUAAAAAAUUCAUAAGAGCAAGACAUUCUUUUAUAUGUAAAAUGAUUAAAUAUCUAUCUAUUCGUUUUUAUUUGAAAGAUUAAUAUUUAAAAUUUUUUAAUUCUAAUUUGAACUCUUAAAUAAUCAAUUAUUCACCAAAAAUCUUUCAGAUAAAAGUGAUUGAAUAAAGAUAAAAAGUGUACUAUUUAAUUCAAAAAUUAAGUGGAGAGUUUAUAUAAAUAUUUCACUCA